CCGCAGCACUUUCUGACGCUGCCUCUCCUGCUGCUCCUUUUCUUUGGCCUCUGCUUCCUGUUGCGCCCUGUGUGGAGGAAAAAUAGCAAUUUCAUGCAAAAACAUCCAUAAAAUGCGCACUGAGGUGGGAAAUUCAUUUUAAAACACAAACAAAAGCCCCCCAAAAUUAAUCAAAUGUACUUUCUUACUUCAGCACCCGAUCAAACUCUUCCUUCUUCCUGGUGGCCUGCACUGUCUGGUAGUUUGCUCUGAACUUGCUCCAGCCGAGCAGCCCCCAGCAUCGCCUCCUGCUGUGCUUUCCUCGCGGCCUGCUCUCUGUUUUUCUCCCUCCAUUUUUUUUGUAACUCUUCUUGAUGCCGCAGGGCACAGAGUUCAUCCUUUUUGAAAUCCGCAGAAAGACCAGCACAAGUGGCUGAGAACAGUUAAAAGUCAUAUUAAUCCACCUGUAAUAAAGUUAAAGCAAUUUCUGACCUGCUCUGCCUUAUAGUUUUGAUUUUUUUCUCGCUGGGCCCUCAGCUUAGCAAUUUCCAUCUCCUUCUCUUUCCUUAUCCGCUUUUGCUCUGCUUCACGUUCCGCGUCCCUCGCCUGCACAAACAAUAAAAUAUCAGCAGAGAACAAACAUCUGUGGCCGAUCUACAGAGUUCAGUUGCUUUUCCAGCUGACCUGUUUCUUUUUGAUGUAUUCCAUGGCUUUAAUGUCAGCCAGCUUCUCCUCCUUCAUCCUCUGCUGCUUGGCUCGGAGGGUCUCAGCAUUGAUGUGCAUGAUCUCCUGCAUACGCUGCUGCUCCAUCCUAUUCUUCUCUUUAGCCUGGAACAAAGCAGCCGGUCAGAGAUGAAACUGACUCCUGUACACUGCACUGUGUUUGCGUUAGUGCGUUUAAGUGUGUGCACCUUGAGGUCAUCCUUUUCCAUCUUCUCGUGGUUCUCCUUUAUUUGCUGUUUCUCUUGCUCUCUCAUCUUUCUCUCAUUUUCCUUUUCCUCUAGAUGUUUCUGAAUUUGUUCUAAAAGUUGCGCUCUUCCUCUGAAAUGUAACACACACACACACACAGUGACAGUGCUCCUAAUGACCUCCUUUUUGGAUCAGAUAAAGUACAUAAUUUGACGUCCUCCCAUCCUUGGAGUUAUUUUAAGAAUAUUUAAAGCAUUCGGUGAAGAAAAAAAAAGGUGCUCUCUUUACUCGACCCUGUGCUGUUUCCUCAGCUCGUCGAGCUUCCUUUCAGUCUCCAGACCCUUAUGGUGACAGAAGGGCAAACGUUAGGCAUCCUCUUACUCCUUUAAAGUCAAGCGUAUCGUAUUUGAAACGUGUUUUGUGAGUUUUUGAGACUUCUACAUCAUCAGCGUGACUUUUUUUUUACCCUCAAAAAAUGAUAUAAAUUGCAUGACACAUUUUUAAUGACUAAACUGCAAAAGUAUGGCCUAUGUAGCAAAUGUGAUACAAAUUAAAACUCAUAUAUGCAGAUUAAAAUGUGAUAUAUUUUUAUAUAUUUUGUCAUGAAGUUCAACAAACACUCCAUUAUCAACAAAUGAAAGAUUUCUGUUGGUUAUUUCAUGGUUCAGAUUUUAAUUAAAGGGACACAUUGCGCAUGUGUGUACAUCUCUGAGUUGGGGUUCAGACUGAACCUGUUCAACUCUCGUAAAAUUAAGAAAAGAAUCUUUUUCUUUUUUUUUCUAAGACAAAUAAUUUGACGGUGCACUCUGGGCUCGACUAGCUCUGUCUUCGGCCGAUUGUCCUGCCUUUGUCUCUGGGCACACCCAGAAAUUAUAUUACAGCGUUUACUGCGCUCUGUAUAAAAGACGCUUUAAAACUCAGGAAUGGGGACGCUGGAGGCUUCUGGGAUUGAUGACUGUAGGUUCUGUCAAAUAGCAAACAACAAAACUGACACAGAGAUCCUGCUGAGCGACGAUGAGCUGGUUUGCUUUCGUGACAUGAAGCCUGGAGCCACCCAUCACUACCUGGUUAUUCCCAGGAUGCAUAUCAGCAACUGUAAAACCCUUAAGAUGGACAACAUACCUCUAGUGGAGCGGAUGGAACAAAUGGGAAGACGUAUACUGGAGAAGAACAAAGUCUGCAGCCUCGAUGACGUCAGGCUGGGCUUUCAUCUCCCUCCAUUCUCGUCAGUUCCCCACCUCCACCUCCACCCUCUGGCUCCAGCCAGCAAGAUGAACUUGAAGUCACAGCUUCGCUACGGGCAGCAGUCUUACUGGUUUAUUACAGUAGACAAAGUGCUUUCACAGCUGAAGACUCACGGCAAAGUGAAAUGAACAGAUGCAGGUUUAGCAACCUUGUUUGCUGCUUACAGGUUAUUUAAUUAGCAUCCAUCGCACUGAGUGCACUUUACAUGACUUCUCCAGCCUGUUUGGCAUUCUGGUGCUAAUACGUUUGAAUAUUUUCCUCCAUGCCGCAUGCUGACUUGGUUGUGGAGAAGAGUUCUUUGUAUUAAAUUUUUUUACUUCUGUUUUUUUCAUUUUUAUAAAUGGUAUAGAAAUCAUGACUAUGAAUUUAAAAAAAUCUUGAAAGACUUCAAAUAAUCAUUUCUGUCUUAAAAGUUGCUCUUCCAAAUCUCUCCUAUUACAAACAACACAUGCAGCCCUUCAGUAUCCUAUACUGUUGUUACUGCUCAACUUUCCAUUAGUGCUUUCACGAUCAUGUUAAUUAGCAGAAUAUGAAGGGUUUGUUGGUUAGUUCCUCUUCAAAUCUGUAAACUGGACCACUCAGUAACACAUCUGUCUUUCACUGAAAAGAAUUCAGUGAACUAACACUUUAGUUUUGAUAAAUCACAGUAGAAAGCCAGUUAUUGAUUGGAUCUUUUUUGGAAGAGCUGAGCAUGCCAAUAUAAAUGGUUUCAUGAGUGUUUUAACAGGAUUUUAGCAAUGCUAACUGCAUGACUCCAGCAAUGUGGUUGGACAUUCUGCCACACUAGAUGAGCCGGAAGCACUUGACAGCUUUCCAUGACAGAGACCCCAUCCAUUCAUUCAUUCAUUUUUCUCCCACACAUCCGGGUUCAGGUGGUCGGGGCACCAGUCCAAGCAGAGAAGCCCUCCCCAGCCACCUCUUCCAGCUCAUCCUGGGGUACAUCAAGUUUUUCCAAAGCCAGCAAAGAGAUACAAUUUCUCCAGCAAGUCCUGGUCCUCCUCCCAGUAAUACAUGCCAGAAACACUGUACCUAGGAGGCAUCUAGGAGACGUUCUAGCAGGUUGCCUGAUUCACCUCAAGUGACUCCUUUUGAUGUGGAGAGGACAUUAUCCCCAGAGAGUAAUCCUCAUGACUAUUCAUCUGUUUCAUUUGUGGUGCACAUCACAAACUUUUUGUCACAGACCAAAAUGCAGGGUUAUAUAAACCUGUAUCAGGCUGUAUGCCAAGUCCAAAAUACAGGAGGCACAGGGAAAGAUGUGCAGAUAUUAUGAGAAAAACUCAGGGAAAGCACAGGACUAUUUAUACACAUAGGAUUAAUAAAGGAACUGGAAACAGCUGGGGGAAAAGAUACACAGGUGCAAACUAGACAGGAAGUAAAACUCAAAGCAGGAACAGAAGACAACUUUCAUAUUAAAACAGGAAAAUAACAAAUAGCUGAACUAAAUAUGGAAACAAACAAAAAAAAACUCAGUGAA